AUGGAGGAAACAAAGUUUAGUCUGAGACUUCUGGUUGAUGAGAAGAGAAACAAAGUUGUUCUAGCUGAGGCAUGUAGAGAUUUUGUCGACGUCCUCUUCAGUCUUCUAACACUUCCCAUGGGCACCAUUGUCAGACUCCUCAAGAAGCACAAGCCGCUGCAACCGAGAUCAGGGUGUUUUCACAACAUUUACAGAAGUGUUUCAGUCAUGGCCAUCGACGAUUUUCAGACUGAGGCUUGCAAAACUAUGCUGCUUUAUCCCAAGAGCACUAAGGAGAUCCAAUGCAGGAGGCUGAAGCUGAACGUUGAUGAUACUGAAGCUACAAAGUUCUUCACAUGCCCACGUUUCGGUAGGGCAAGCUGUAAGAAGUACAGCAAUUUUAACACUUCGAGGUGUACCUGUGGAGCCUUGAUGACACAUCAGUAUCAGGUUUCAGAGGAAGAUCAAAUCGGAAGUCCAAUGGGAAAUAGUGAAGAUGGAGUGUUUGUCAGUUGUCGUUCUUCUUACAUUGUCACUGAUGAUCUGAGAGUGACAGUGAACUCUCUUGGUGUUAUUGCAAAUGAGCUCAAUGUACUAGGAUAUACAGAUUUUGAUGACUUGCAGGAGAUUCAUCUUGAUGUUGGCUUUAAGGAGCUUCCGUUAUCACGGACAUUCCUCAACCAAGAUUUUCUUAAAUGGCCGUCUACACGUGCAGUGGAAGUUGGGUGUGUGAAAGGAGGCCAUGAAUGUAAUGUGAAGAUAUUUGUCAGGAAGUCUGACAAGAAGAUUCUUUAUGCAGAGUGCAGUGAAGACUUUGUUGAUUCUCUUCUUGGUCUUCUUGCUCUCCCUCUUGAGUUGGCAUGGUCAUUGACUGAUGGGUCAGUUUUGGGAUUCGUUGGAAAUUUGUGCAGAAGUGAGUGUAGAGAAGCUUCAGCUUCCACUCCCUUGGAGAUACCUUAUUACUAUACCUGCAGUAAACAAAUUCUUGACAUUCCUCCUCAGCCAACAGUGGUAUAUUCAUAUCCAUAUACAUUCUGUGAUUCGUCUCCGGUUCUGAGUUUUGUAAGAAAUGUUAAAAACCUUAAGAAUAGCCAAGUCAUUAUUGCAAGCGUGAUACCAGUGGACCCAAAAAUUGAGUCUCAGACUCACUCAAAAUGUGAUUUUGGGUAUGUGAAGAGAGAUAUGAGGUUUAUUGUGUCGGAUGAUCUGGUUAUAACACCUAUGAGUUCAUCUUCAACCAUUGGCUUGUUUAUGAGGAGUCACAUCAACAACAUAAGUGAUCUUGAGGAGCAGGAAAUCAACAUUUCUAAAGCAGAGCUCAUCAGCAUUCUUAGAGCUUCCUUAGUCUCCCGUUCUGCAUUAACCAAUGGUCUAUCAGGCAUGGUUGCAAAAAAAUCUAAGAAACAGGUGGUCAUUGGUAGAUUUUCAACCUUGCUGAACAACCCAUAA